UGACGGACAAGAAGGGAACGCCGGUGCCCCUGGACCUGCAGGAUUGUCUGGCAAAGGAGGGCAACCUGGAGUGCCUGGAGUCCCGGGCAUGAUGGGAGCAAUGGGUCCAGCUGGAAACGACGGUGUCAAAGGUGCGAAGGGCCCUCAGGGUCUUGGACUAGUUGGAGCCACAGGAUCGCCGGGUGUCGCCGGAGUCCCCGGCCGACAAGGAGUGCCCGGCGUACCGGGCAGGAACGGAGUUAUGGGAGUGCCUGGAGUGCCGGGCUCUAACGGUAUCAACGGAUCGCCCGGAGCUGCCGGAGCGCCUGGAGUACCUGGAAGGAACGGACACUCAGCAGGCUGUAACUAUGCUUGCUUGCGUCGCUAUGGGCACUGCCACUGCUAGAGCAGAGAGCGACUUGAUGUAUCAUAAGCGUCUAGAGGCGGGGGAGAAUGAACAGGAUCAGAAACUCG